AUGAACUUCAUAGCGGUUAAUUAUUCUCACACUUUCAAAAGGCAAUGCAGAAACAAAAGAAGUAGGUCAAAACAGGUUUGUAGCGCACUUCCUGUUUGAACCAUCGUAAUCAUCAUAAUCAUCAUCAUCAUCAUCAUCACCAUAAUCAGCUGAGAAAAAGACGUGAGAUAUUAACGGUCUUCUCAAAAAGAGAGGGUAACUCCCUUACAGCAGAAAUUCCCGUUGUCUUAUUUUACUGAUAUGGAUGUUUCGUUUUUGUUUUGUUUUGAAUUUUUUUUUUUUUUUUUCAGAAAAUGAGGAUUGUCUUUUCUUGAAUGUGUUUGUGCCAGCAACUAGUGGCACAGAGGGCAAGAUGGCAGUGAUGGUGUGGAUUCAUGGCACUGGUUUGGCCAGUUUCAGUUCCUCCCCUAAAUUCCGUGGCUUUUCCAUUGGUUCCUCUACUGAAUAUCCAGCUCAUGUUUUAGCAGGCUACAAUGAUGUCAUUGUUGUGACAUUCAACUACAGGCUAGGAAUUCUGGGAUUCUUAAGCAGUGUUCCUGGGACAAACAAAACGGGAAAUUACGGAAUGUUUGAUCAGGUAACAAGCGUCGGUGAAGAAAUGUUGCAUUAAAUCGACUCAAGAGAGGAUAAAAUAAGAGCAAACCUAUCACCCUUGGGAGGCACGCAAGCACGUGUUCUCGUGGCGGGCGAGGCCCGGAAUUCGCAACGGUUGUAACAAUAUCUUGCCCCCUCCCCCUUUCCUUUGUUCUUUUGCUCUGUUGAUUGGCACACCCCAUUCUCCCCAAUGUUCAUCUUUCCGAGUGCCCGAACUCCGGGGGUGGAUCUAGGGGGAGGGCGCAGGAGAUGCGCACUCCUCCUCCCCUGAGAGUGCUCCUGACCACUGGUAUUCUGCAAAAUAUGGAGAUAUGUAUUCUCAGCAGUUCAAAUUAUGUUAGUGGUUAGUCAAAAGACAUCUUCGAAUUCGCUAUUAAAAUUUGUUUACGUCACCAGUCAGUUACGCCAUUCCUUAGUGGUGCAACCUCUCCUAAGAAAAAUCCUGGAUCAGCCCCUUAACUCUCUGAACUCACUUUAAAAAGGAGGCCAUGUGCAAACCUUUUGGACCUUGCAAGAGGGCGCUUAAUCAAGGCUGAGGGCUUUUUAAAUUUUCACCAUUUUCAGCAAUAGUAGUAUGUUAAAUUCGCAACAAAACGCAAAGAUGUAACAAAGCAAGGUUUCUGUUACAUACUUGAAGAAAGCUCCGUCUUCGGGAAAGUCACUUUUAGUAAUCAUUCUAUUUUUUUUGCGGGGUUGGUAGGGGGUGGUAUUUUAGUUUGAGUGGGAGGAGGGCGGGGUGGGGUGGGGUGGGCGCUUAUUCGAGGUGGGCGCUAAUUCGAGGUUGGGCGCUUAUUCGAAUAAAUACGGUAUUUUUCUCUACAGAUUCAAGCACUGACGUGGGUCCAUGACAAUAUUGCCUGCUUUGGUGGUGAUCCCGACAAAGUGACUGUGUUUGGUCAAGGUACAGGGGCAACGAGUGUCGCUUUGCAUCUAAUGUCGCCUAAAUCAAAACAUCUGUUCCAAAGGGCCAUCAUGCAAAGCGGUGCAGCGUCAGCUCCCUACCUACCAAGAAAGGCAGCCAACGAGUCAGUACAAAAGCUAGCUGCUGCUGCAAAAUGCCCUUUUAACGACAAGCUCAUCGACUGUCUUCGUGGUAAAAGUGCUGAGGACAUCAUUCAGUUGCAAUCUUGGAUCUCCUCCAAACACGCCAAAGCUCUGAUGGAACUCAGCAACCCAGUUAUUGAUGAUGAUUUUCUAGAAGAAUCUACUCAGGAGCUGUAUGAAUAUCACAAGAAAGGGAGAAAACCACCUCAUUCUCUUUUGACAAAACUGUUUCCAAAUGUUAAAAUUAUGACUGGGUUUACAACCCACGAGUCAUCUCUAGAUGUCAUUCAAAGGCCAGAAGAUGCGAGAAGCAGCAUUGCAAAAACCCUCAAAUAUGGAAACAUAGACAACAGAAUUGUGGACGAGCUGGUUAAGUACCAGUACGCAGAUCUUUCUGACACAAAAGCGAGAGACCGGAUGAUUGAAAGUGACUUUAUGACUGUGGCACCAAUGACUUUUGAGGCAAUAGCUUUAGCUGAGGUAUUCUCAGUAGCCAUAUUCAAUACGUUGACUCAUAAGCCCCCAAAAUGUCUAUCUCAUAAUGCAGGUAUCAAUGUUUGGACAUAAGAGGGAUAUUCGGGCAUAGGUGCGGCAUUUGAACACCACAAAUUUUGAACCAAACUGCAGUUUCCUUAUUUCCAGAAACGGAUAUUUUAUCAAAUUUGAAUUAUUUUCCUGUCCAAAAUCUUCCCAAAAAUAAAAUUCAAAUCCCGCCCGACCCUCCCCCUGGUCCAACCAUUCAAUUUGAUUGCUGGAUAAAUUAGUCGUUGCUGCAGUCAAAUUGGUUGAAAACCUUGUAUCGACGAGUAGGAAUCAUUUUGCUCACGCCAUCGAUAUAACUUGGUUUUUUGGACGAAACAGAUCAAUUCAUCCUUCAACUCAAUUCCAUUUCAUAUCCCAAAAUAGUUUUUUCCUUAUUCUUUUAUGAGGCAUUGGUUUCACGUGAAACUCAUCGAAGACGCCGUAACUCUAUACUUCAGUACGGCGAAAUAUUUUCUUUUGCAAGAUUCCAUGAUGAAAGCAAACUGAUGNAUAAGCCCCCAAAAUGUCUAUCUCAUAAUGCAGGUAUCAAUGUUUGGACAUAAGAGGGAUAUUCGGGCAUAGGUGCGGCAUUUGAACACCACAAAUUUUGAACCAAACUGCAGUUUCCUUAUUUCCAGAAACGGAUAUUUUAUCAAAUUUGAAUUAUUUUCCUGUCCAAAAUCUUCCCAAAAAUAAAAUUCAAAUCCCGCCCGACCCUCCCCCUGGUCCAACCAUUCAAUUUGAUUGCUGGAUAAAUUAGUCGUUGCUGCAGUCAAAUUGGUUGAAAACCUUGUAUCGACGAGUAGGAAUCAUUUUGCUCACGCCAUCGAUAUAACUUGGUUUUUUGGACGAAACAGAUCAAUUCAUCCUUCAACUCAAUUCCAUUUCAUAUCCCAAAAUAGUUUUUUCCUUAUUCUUUUAUGAGGCAUUGGUUUCACGUGAAACUCAUCGAAGACGCCGUAACUCUAUACUUCAGUACGGCGAAAUAUUUUCUUUUGCAAGAUUCCAUGAUGAAAGCAAACUGAUGAAAUUUAUCGCCGGCUAACGUAAAUGGAAGUUAGACGUUUUAACUAAAAGAUAAUGAUCAGAAGACCUGAAAGGGAAAUGGCCCACUUAUAUUUUCACUAUAACGACAUUUGACUUCAACCACUAGAACUCUUUCGUUUUAGCUUUUACUCCCGCUAAGUUUUAAACCCUAAUUUGUAAAAGAAAACAACAAACGAAAGGAUUCUGGAACUUACAGUGCAAAUCGUGCAAAUGUCGCAUUAACCGUGGUCCGAUUUCUCCCCAUUCUCUUGGUCCAUACAAAUACCUGUACUUUGACCAGUCAAAAAAUACCGAAGGGGCACCAACUGACUCUAUUAAUUGUCUCACUACUCUUUCUUCUCCAGGCUGAAAGGUCUGUUUAUUUCUACGUGUUUGAGCAUCGUCCUGAUUUUUCAAAACUUCCCGAGUUGACAGGUGCAAUCCACGGUGAUGACAUUGGCUUUGUAUUUGGAGCACCUUUCGCGAAAAUUUCACCUCUGGUAGAGUCUUUCACUCCCAGAUAUUCUGAUAUUGAGACGGGACUCAGCAGGUACAUCAUGAAGCUGUGGACAGACUUUGCUAAGUUUGGGUAAGAAGAUCAGAAAGGCGUUUUGUCCUAACACUUUUCAGGCUUCAAAGGCGUCCCUAACUACGUUAACUUUUUUGUUGUCAGUUUGUUUGUUUGUUUGUUACAAUCAGUUAAGACAUUUAAGGUAUGUGUAGUGCAGGAACCGUUGAGACAAUGAAUAAAAUCCCAUAGUGCAUGUGUCAAUGGAAUGAAACUUAUUUCCUUUUACACGAUCUCCGUUGACAGCACCAGCAGUUGUUUAUUUAAAGGUUUCAAACUAAGUUGGAUACUCUUUUUCGGAGAAAGAUUCACCUUUUCGGUAUUCUGUAUUUCUUAUAAGGUAUUCUAUAAUCAUUGAAAUGCGGUUACACAUUUCACUUCCAAUUUGGAGAUAUCAUUUCCAGACAUGAUAGUCUGUUCCGAGCGUUCAGAUAGUGACGUUUAGCACCAAGUCACCCUUCCCCCUCGCCGUUUUUGCUACUCACAUCUGUUUGCGCCAUCCCACCACCUGCAGGCCUUGAACAGGCCACGGACAUGGGAGACGACAACCUCUCUUGCCUGGCAAGAUGCGCGUAAAGGCAAAGGAAAACCCAAAAGUCUCUUUGGCAAGCCCUAAUAUGUAAAGGGGUAAACGUUCUUUUGUCGAAAUGAUUACGUUACUUCUUAAAUGCAGAUUUGUCUAAUCUGGGCAUGAUCAUAAAUAUAGGUUAUUAUAAUAUCGUCAUUAAGUAAAUGCAGACUUGUGUGAUCUACGCAUGAUCAUAAACUUAGGUUAUUAUCAUAUUGUCAUUAAAUGAUUUUGCCUCGUUUUCAGGGAUCCUACUGGCCGCGAUUCUCCUGUCAAGUGGCCAAAGUUCACCAAAGAAAACCAAUCCUACCUGGCCCUUGACGUGAAGCCCGAGGAAAAUAAUAAGUAUAGAGCAAAAGAAGUGGCAUUUUGGAACAACUUCAUUCCAAGGAUUAUGAGAAAAUCUAAAAAGCAUUGCUCGGCAUUUUAA